AUGGCUUGGACGGGGCAGCAAAGGGUGGAGAGAGUGGUUGAGUAUGGGGGCUACAUCAGCAUCCAACCACGAGCUGGCUAUGCUGCGGAGGUGACGGAGAGCUUGCGCAGGUGUCCGACCGUGGGCGAAAACGUGAACGUGUUCCUCAAGGAAGAUGUGCCUGAAGCUUUCCACUACAGGGCACAUCGCCUCAUACUGGAAAUUGUCGUUAUUGCGAAGGAGGGGUACAUGAUCCGGCCGCCCCAGACCGCCUACUCAGUGCCCGAGAGCGUGGGUUCCUACGAAGGGAAUCACGGCUUCGACAACACCAAUGGCCGCAACCCUGACAUGCGCGCUGUCCUCUACGCUGUCGGUCCAUACUUUGCCCAGGGAGUCCGAGCCGGCGUAGUGGAGCAGGUCGACGUGUACAACCUGCUGUGCCGAAGCCUCCACCUCCAGUGCCACGCCAACAACGGCACCUUGGCCCACGUGGAGCCGUUCUUCCGACCUGGAGUCCCCCUGGAGACUGGCACUUCCUUCAGGCACGGGGUACCUCUGGGCGCUCUGAUGUUCGCUGUUUCCGCGCUGCUCUUCCUUUGACUGGGGCCUGCCAUAUUUCGUGGCAUCAGUGCAAUAUACACUUUCAUCUUCAUUAGACGACUUUACGACAUGAUUUUCUUUUCUUUCGUCACUUUUACGACAUAAUCUUACCUUCUCGAGACCCUCUUCCCACUUGGUUACCUUGCGUCUCUUCCCUCUUCUCUUGACCGGAGCUCCUCAUGCUUUGCCACUGUGCCAAGCGAAUGAGUAUAAGAAUCCUUUCUAGGACCAGUAAAAGGGAAAUCGAACAGAAAAUUCCAAAGUUACUUUCACAGACCUGCAUCGCUUUGGUCUCCUGUCGUGCCUAUGAACUAAAGCAGUAUGUAAACUGGACUUAAUUUAGAAUUCAUUUAGUCGUAAACCUAUUAGAUAUGGCUGAAUAGCUGCCACGCCUGCUGUUAUUAACUAGGUUAACGACACUGUUCAAUUAUGCUGUAGCAGUUAAGAAUUUAUGUUUAAGAAUAGACAGAACUAAUAAAAAAUCAAAACCUUU